AUGGAUUCUUUUGAUAAAGUUCCUGGAUUCAUCUACAACCCAACUGCAAAUCCAGAUAGGGAUGCAGAUUUUUCAGGGAUUCUUGAAAUCCAUGUUCAUCAUGCUAGGAACAUUCAUAACAUAUGUAUCUAUGACAACCAAGAUGUUUAUGCGAAAUUCUCUCUCACCUAUAAUCCGGACGAGACUCUGUCAACAAGGAUCGUCAACGGUGGAGGGAAGAAUCCUGAAUUCAAUGAGGAUUUGAUCAUGAAAAUCAACCAGAUCGACGCUGUUCUCAAAUGCGAAAUCUGGAUGCUUAGCCGGGCUAAGAAUUUCAUGGAUGAUCAGCUUCUUGGAUUCACCUUAUUGCCGAUUUCUUUGGUUAUUGGACAAGGAAAGGUGACUAAAGAUUUUAGCCUGUCUUCUACUGAUUUGUUUCACUCCCCAGCUGGUACUAUCAAAUUAUCCCUUUCUUUGAGUGCAAAUCAAAAUGCUCCUCCCAAUCCCUGUGUAAAUUCUUUAUCUGAUUCGUCUAAAAUUUCUGAUCUUUUGGUGGAUAAAAAGAUCCCAGAAGAGUAUUUCAGUAUAGACUUUCCUGAUAUUAAUGUAGUUAACGAAAACCAGCAAAUGGUUUCAGAAUAUUUUUUCUUGGCAAAACCUGGAACCCUUCUGAAGCCAUGGCCCGAAAAGCCUGAUGGUUCAUUUCUUCAACUCGGGUCUGCCCCAAAUCCCCCAGUCGAUGACUAUGAAAUGACUGCUGAUUCUUCUGAGGAGUACCGGGCAGAUUCAGUUUCUCCAGAUGGAAGCAUUCAGAAUUCAGGUUUUCUUAGCUCUACGAUGACAAGUUUGAGCGAUGAUCGAAACUCUGCUGAUUCCAUGGAUAAAAAGAAUUACACAUUUGCCGAUACCUUAAAUUCCCCUAAUGUUGCUUCGAUUAUGACAGCAGAAGCCAAUCCCAGGUUCGGUUCUUGCCCUGAAACUCCAACAUCAAAGAACGAAAGUGAAAAAAAGGAAGAGAAUGAGACUAAUUUAGUUUCAGCUCAUUCAAGAAGUACUGAUCUUCAGGCAGAAGAAUCAGCAAUGCAGCAGCAGAUAGUUGAUAUGUACAUGAGAAGUAUGCAACAAUUUACUGAAUCUUUGGCCAAAAUGAAGCUCCCAAUGGCUUUAGAUAAACCUGAAACUGACAAUCAAGGUGAUAUUAUUCAGAACCUUAACAAGAAUACAAAAAUUGAAAAGAAGAAAAAGGACAAUUCCAGGGUUUUUUAUGGCAGUCGGGCUUUUUUCUAG